AUGGCUUUUAGAAAUACAUCAAUGAAAAUCCUUCAUGUUUCCAGCAACGUGGCAACUACAGAGUCUGCUAACUUCUAUUAUAACUUCUCCAUCACUGGUCCCAGUCAAAACAGAAGUGAGAAUUUUCAAUUUACAAGAGUCUUCCUGCUCUGUAUGUAUUCAGAUGUUUUCAUCUUUGGCCUAGCAGAAAAUGCACUGGUCUUUGCCAUACUAGUUUUCCACAUGAAACUGAAGAUGAUGACAGACAUGUUUUUGGUGAACUUGGCUAUAGCUGAGGUCUUCCUUUGGAUGCUGCCACUCUAGGGAUAUUCUGUUGCUCAGGAGUGGACUUUAGGCACCGUGGCAUGAUACACUUCAAUGUUAACUCUAAUGUCUAUCACCUUUGACUGACUUAUUGCUAUCACUUUUGCCACCGAAACACAUAUGUGUCAAACCAAACAACAAAUGACAUGGGGCAAAUUAAUCUGUGUCUUGAUCUCAGUGGUCAUGCUAGCAUUUGCCACACUAUUUUUUAGUGAGGUGUUUAAUAUUGAUAAGGCAUUAUGUCAGGAAGAAUAGCCAAACCAUCACACAGAAUUGGCUCUUGAAGUGAUCCAAGUGACUCUUGCGUAUUGUAUUCCUAUGCUAGCCAUGUUCACUGGCUACUCACUAAUUAUUAGAACUUUACUGCAUGCCAGAAUUCUUCAAAAGAACAAAUCUAUAAAAAUAUUUUCUGUAGUUGUCCCGUUUAUCCCCUCUCAGUUACUCUAUACUUUCUUGAGACAGAUAAUUAACACAGACUGGAGCAUUAACUUGAAUAGCAGUUUUGAAUAUGCAAUUAUCAUAACAGGAACUCUUGCUUAUUUCCAUGGCUGUCUUAACCCUGUUCUGCAUUUCUUCAUGGGGAUGAAAAUCAGAAGGUACUUACAGGAAAUUAUUAAAAUCUCAAGAUGUAUCAAACAACAAGUUAUGGCUAAACAGUGGCAAACCACUGAACAGGAAGACUCUCAACCUACUGCUUCAAAUAAUGCAGAUGCCAAAAGCUACAAAAACUGCCUAGAAAAUCUGUCAACUAUUUCACCAUUUCUGUUUCACAUUGUUUUUUUGUAA